AAUAUCGAUAAUGAAAUUAGAUCCUCUACGUGAUGUUUACGAGAUUAUCUGCCCUUGCUCCAUUCACAUCUGUCCCUCUCACCAUCACCACCACCUCAUACUUUCAACCUGUGCAGACUCUUUCUCUCUCUCCUUCUCUCUCUAUUUCAUCAAGACAUGGCUGACACAAGAUGAAAACCCAGUCUUUGCUACUCCUAAGAAACUACUCCAGCCCAGAAGUCUCCAGAGUAUUCCUGUUGUGUGCAAAAAUUGUAAUGACUUGAGUGUAUACUCAAAGACAAAUGCUUCCAGUGUAACAGAACAGCCUCCUCCUCCUCACCACCACCUUGCCACAUGUAAAUAACAAAUUCGUUCAAAAUAAUGGCACGGAAAACAUAACUAAAUAUUUUCAUAUUUUGUUCUUUGGGGCUUCUUACCUUUUGGUGACAUUCCAUUAUUAUACUUUUGUUUUCAUUUUCUACCCCAUCUCUCUUUCUCUGUUUCACCUUUUUUACCAAUCCCUUUUUCAUCACCACCUCAUCCAUCUAAUGCUUCAUUGUUUCAUAGACCCUACAGAAUAUUUUUAGAGCAGAAACUAUUACAUUAUAUUUUCAUCCAAACUUUUGCUCAAAUAUAACGUUUUUUUACUAAAAGUAUAUUGGAUAAAGAUAAAUUAUUUUUUGCUUUAUAUACACCAGAACACAACUGGUAGGAACCAGAACCUCUGAUAGACUGAUUGAUGACAUUUAUCUAGAAUUCCAGAAACUUAUUUUGAUUUGCUUGGAUCUGGGUUUCAGUAUUGUAAUUAUACAUACAUACAAAGCGUGUAGGUUUAGAGAAUAUCUGAACACAUCAUAUGUAUAUACUCUGCAUAAACAUACAUGCAUGCACACACAUACACAAACAUACAUGUCUAUAAAUAUUUAAGUUUGUGUUUACCUUUAUAUUUAUAUUUGUGCACUUUUAUGAUAAAAGCACACUUUGGUAUAGUUAGACAUUGUAACUACAAAUGUACAAAUGUUCGAAACAAUUUUAUUAGGAAACAGUUUAUAAGAACAUAAAACAAUAACAAAACAAGAAUGUAUGCUGCUCAUUCCGGUGUAUAUGCCUCAGUAGGAAACCCACAGCAACAGCAACAACAGCAGCAGCAGCAGCAACAACAACAACAAUAUGAUUUCAGUAGCUGCACUAAGAUUUAUGCUGACCCUCAAUCAGCAGCUGAAGAUUCGACGAGGGCUCUCAAGCAGCAACAUGGCAGUCAUUCCAGCAAUAACAAUUCCAAUAACUUGGACAAUACUGGCAACCACAAUCACAAUCACCACAACCAUUCGCAGAGCAUUUCGCCAGGUUUAGGCACUAUUGUUAUUGUUGCUAACAAUAACAAUGGUGGCAACACAGCAGCUUCACCUGGUGAUGAACACUCAGUAGCCAGUGGUAGCCAUGAUACGGUGAGUCACAGCAACCACAGCCACCAGAACAUUCCUGUACCACUAUCUGGCAUGACAAAUUACGGUGUCUACACUGGUCAUAGUAGUCGCAAACCCUAUCGGUGUGGUGUGUGUCGGAAAGGCUUUUCUGUAAAAGCUAAUCUCCACAAACAUGAGUUGAUGCCAGAUGAGGAGAAACACUUUUACUGCAGUCAGUGUCACAAAGCCUUCAGCCAACGGGAAAAGCUGACUAAUCACAUUCGUACUCACUCUGGGGUGAGGCCAUUUACAUGUCAGGUGUGUGGUAAAUCAUUUGGUCAACGAACUCAUCUGACCACACAUUCCAGAAUCCACAGUGGUAUUCGGCCAUAUGCUUGCAACCAGUGUCCGAAAAGAUUUAGCCAGAAAGACCACCUAGUCAACCACAGUCGCACACAUAGUGGAGAGAAGCCAUUUCUAUGUGUGAUCUGCCAAAAGUCAUUUUCGCAAAGGGCACACCUCAAGAAACACAGCCGUGCCCACAUACAGUCAUCGUCAUCACCAGGAAUGAGUGGUAACUGCAACCAAGCUUCUUGCAAAGGUGUAUCAACGGGUGACCCAGCACAUCCUCAUCAUCAUCACCAUCACCAUCAUCAUCACCACCAUCAUCACCAUCAUGACAAACAGCAUCAGGGCACACCAUCACCAGCUUCUGCUGCAAGUAGUGGUAACCGAAGCAACAACAACAACAAUAUCAACAAGGUGAUGUGUAAAGCUUCCAAAUCACCACCUCCGCCUCCACCUCCACCUCCUCCUCCUGCACUUCGACAGCCUCUGCCGUCAUCAUCACCACAUGCUCACCAUCACCAUCCUCAUCAACAUGGCCAUCAUCAUCACCACCACCACCCCCAUCACAACCAGCAGCACCAGACUGCCGUUGUAACCCAGCAACCUUGCACUGGAGCCAACAUCCCUGCAUGGCGAUCAACCACACCUGGCGCCAGUUUUGGGAACUGGUCAUCAGGUGCUUCUGCAGCAUCUGCUCUCACAACUCCAUGGACACCUGGCUGGACAGAUGCACAAGUCAACCAUACCUGCAACCAAGGCAGACCAAGAGAGUGAGCAGCUUCUGACAUACACACUUCAUACAACAGUCUGAUGGAAUUUCCUUAGUAAUGUGGGGGAGGGGAGCAAUGUUUGCUAGCCAUUGGAUCAACUUCUUUGGAACUAAUGCAGAUUGAGCUGCACUUGCAUCGACCAGCUGCAGAUUCUAUAUCUUGAACUGUUUACAACUGCAAUCUAGAUAAGAUGCCCUCAGACUUGUGUGUAUGUCUGCAUUUUUAUUUUGUAUGUAUAUACAUAUAGGGUAUACAUACAUAUAUAUUGUGU